UUGAUUGCCGUGACACACGCUCCGUUUGAGAGGUCCCUUUUCUCCUCUUGAUGAAUUUCAUCUGCUGAACUUAUUUGCUUCCUUCAAUAGUAUAGUAUGGGUGCUGAGAAUCGCCCUCUCCACAUCUUCCUCUUCCCAUUCCUUGCCCAGGGCCACUUGAUUCCUACCAUUGACAUGGCCAAGCUAUUUGCAGCCAGAGGGGUUAAGGCCACCAUUCUAUCCACUCCUCUCAACGCUCCUCUUAUUUCCAAAUCACUCCCAUCCUUCAAUCCUCUGAUUCAUAUCCAAACCAUCCAUUUCCCUUUUGCCAAGGUUGGUUUCCCUCAAGGCUUCGAGAAUAUGAACUCCAUCCCUUCCCCAGAUUUGAUGCUCAAAUUCUUCGAAGCCACUACUCUGCUUCAAGAGCCGCUGGAGCUAGUGUUGCAGCACUCUCUUCCUGACUGUCUCGUCGCAGACAUGUUCUUCCCAUGGGCCACUCAUUCUGCAGCCAAGUUCGGCAUUCCUGCGAUCGUCUUUCACGGCACUGGUCUCUUCGCCUUGUGCGCUUCCGAAUGUCUCAGACUUAACAGGCCUUACGACCAUGUUUCUUCAGAUUCGGAGCCGUUCGUUAUUCCUAAUUUUCCCUGUGAAAUCACGAUGACGAGGUCGCAGGUGCCAGAUUUUCUCAAAUUUAAUGAAGACAACGUAGUGAGCAGACUGUUGAUUGCUUCCAAAGAAUCGGAGCUUACAAGCUAUGGGGUACUUGUCAAUAGCUUCUACGAACUGGAGGAGGACUAUGCCGAUCAUUACAGGACUGUCCUUGGAAGAAAAUCAUGGCAUAUCGGCCCUCUUUCUCUCUGCAACACGAAAACAGAGGACAAAGCAGUCCCUCAAGAACACGAGUGCUUCAAGUGGCUUGACACGAAGAAACCCAGCUCCGUUGUUUACGUGUGCUUUGGAAGUGUGACAAACUUCCCAGAAUCCCUACUCAGGGAAAUUGCAAUCGGUCUAGAAGCUUCGGGGCAACAGUUCAUCUGGGUCGUGAGAAAACCCAAGAAAGACGAACAGCAGCAAGAAGAAGAAUGGGUACCCAAAGGAUUUGAGAAGAGACUGGAAGGUAAGGGGCUGAUCAUAAGAGGAUGGGCACCACAAGUGAAGAUUCUUGAACACGAAGCAGUGGGAGCGUUCGUGACACACUGUGGUUGGAAUUCAACGUUGGAAUCAGUGUGCGCAGGAGUGCCAAUGGUGACAUGGCCUGUGUACGCAGAGCAGUUUUACAAUGAGAAAUUGGUGAGUGAGGUACUUAAAAUUGGUGUGCCUGUGGGCGUUACAAAAUGGGCGAGAGUGAUGGGAGAUGACAGUAUCAAGUGGGAAGCAAUAGAGAAAGCAGUGAAUAGAGGCAUGCAAGGGGAAGAAGCAGAGGAAAUGAGAAACAGAGCAGAGGCACUGGCUCUGAAAGCGAGAAAGGCAGUGGAAAAGGGAGGCACGUCGUAUUCUGAUUUGAAUAAUCUUAUACAGGACUUGAAUGAGCGUCGUCGUUCUCUUGAAGAAAUCGAGCAUUAGAAUGUAGUGCUUGUAUUUGGCUUUGUUUUUUCUUCGGGAAGUAGUCAAGCAGGUUUAAGUUUUUGGUUGACAAAUGAAGAUACAGCAAGGGUUUGGUUCACAAAAAAGUAGGCAGUACUGAAUCUCUCUACAAUGUCUAUGAAAUUCGAAUCUGUUUGUGAAAACUUUUUCGCUUUGGAUUUGAUAAAUGUAUAAAUCUUCUCACUUUCAUUCAACAAGUAUGUCGCGUGGUAUUAUAAAAUAUAAGGAGAACACCAUCUCAUAGUU